GUUGCAUCUUUUCAUAUAGUUUCGCUUCUUAUGAUAAAAAUAUAAAAUGGAGUUAAAUUUAAAUUUAACGCCAAAUAGUAGAAGACGACCAACACCAGCACUUCCUAUACCUUCUCUUCAGCCUCGAAGAAACAUAGAAACUGAGAAAAAACUUCGGGCGCUCAAAACUGGAUCAUUAAAAAUCAAUGGGAUCUCGUAUGACACAAAUGUAAACGAUUUGGAAUAUCUAAGUGAAUUGGGUAAUGGUACAAGUGGUCAUGUGGUCAAAAUGAAGCAUAAACCAAGUGGUGUAAUCAUUGCUGUUAAGCAAAUGAGACGAACUGGGAAUGAUGAAGAAACAAAAAGAAUAACAAUGGACUUAGAUGUUGUGUUAAAAUCACAUGAUUGUCCAUACAUUGUUCAAUGUUUAGGAUGUUUUAUAACAGAGGCUGACGUGUGGAUUUGCAUGGAACUUAUGUCGACCUGUUUUGAUAAACUACAGAAAAAAACUCACAAACCAAUUGCUGAAGCAAUUCUUCGGCAUGUUACUGAAGCCACUGUGAAAGCAUUAUUUUAUCUUAAGGAACGUCAUGGCGUAAUUCAUAGAGAUGUAAAACCAUCAAAUAUUCUUAUUGAUGAAAGAGGCCAUAUAAAGCUUUGCGACUUUGGAAUAAGUGGACGUUUAGUGGACUCGAAAGCGAAGACUCGUUCCGCUGGAUGUGCUGCGUAUAUGGCGCCUGAACGUAUAGACCCCAAAAAACCAGAAUAUGAUAUUAGAGCUGAUGUGUGGUCAUUAGGAAUAACGUUAGUUGAACUUGCAACUGGAGCCUAUCCUUACAAAGACUGCAAAACUGAUUUUGAAGUACUGACUAAAGUAUUAGAUUCCGAUCCACCGUCGCUGCCUGAAGAUGAAGGCUUUAGUUUUGAAUUUCGUGAUUUUGUAAAGCGUUGUUUAACGAAAGACUAUAGACAUAGACCAAAGUAUCUUCAAUUACUCGAGCAUCCAUUCUUGAAUUACCACGAGAGUCAACGAGUAGACGUAGCGGAAUGGUUUCAUCGAAUAACACGAGAGGCUGGAAUUGUUUUUCCUACGCAGGAUCUUCCACAAUUAUCGACAACCAUUUUAGAGCCUACAACGACAUCAACAUUAGCAACAUCAUCAUCGUCAACGUCGCUCUUGAACAGAUUAACGUCAACAAAAACAACAUCAACAACAGCAACAGAAUUUUAUCAAACAACAUCAGUAAUUCCAUCAACGAACUUCAACUCAUCCCAUGAGAAUCCAUUUACAAACAUGAAGACAAAUACUUCUGAUCACAUGUUGAGCAGCAAUCCUUUUGUGUCACCACCACUGCCAAUAGUAACGACAGCUUCAAAAUUUACAAUACUUAGUGAACAACUAAGACAAGAAGAUCUCAAUGAUCAACUUAAUCAAAAGCAUGCAAAUGGAAAAACCGGAAAUGGUUAUCAAAAGCUCUCAUAUUGCUCUUCCUCCAACACUGAUAAUGACAUAGUUGAUCAUCAUUUAACUCCAAAAUUGAAUCGAAUGUAUACUCAAUCACCUCAAUUAAUGCGUAAAAACUACGAGUAUAAUUCGAAUUUAAAUAAUCAUUUUCAUCAAUCGCCACAAAUGAAUAACAAUCAUCAUAAUCAUCAUCACCUUGUUGGGAGGGAAUCGCCGUAUAUGCAGAGAAAGUUCCCACAAAAUGAGUCUGAUUAUAAGAAUCAUUACAGUCCAUAUAAGCCACUUCCGCAACAGCAGCAAAGCACUUUUUCGCCAGUUAUUCGAAAACGUUAUCAAGAAGGCCAUCUCGUAUCCGAAGAUCUUGAAUUUAGGAUUUUACAUGGCAACACUAGUCCAAUUGUUUUACAACGUUUUUAUCAUCAACAAAAUCAACUUAAAGAUCAGAAGGAAGAAGAGGAUCAAUUGAGAGCUAUAAGAAUACAAUCUUUAAGUCCGAGUCAUUAUAAAAGCUCUGAGAGUAGUAGCAUUCCUAUUAAAAGUGGUGGAAGUCCACUGUUAGCAACACAAAAUAGAUAUCAACAUCGUCGAAAUGUUUUGCUCGAACCAACAUGUCCAAAUUCACCUCAAUUUGAUCGUCUUCGUGCUAAUCUGGAGAAACCAAACUUUUAUGAACGCGAUCAAAAGCUUCCAGUUGAGAUUCAAAAUUCUUUUCUUUUGGAGCAGAGUGCACAUCAAAACAAUGGAACUGGUGAAAAGAAUAAAGAUAAAGGAAUGGUUAAAUCUUAUAUAAAGUCACGAUUUAAUAACGAUCAGCAGAACAGUAAAGACGGUGACAAAACGAAAUCACUUGCAACUGUGUCGCCAAUGCGCUCAUCAAUAGCAACGAAUCCAUUUGCUCAAUCGCCAUCAAAUAUAACUUCGUUGAAGACGUCUUCAAAUAUGCAAAAUUUAUAUGAAAGACAUCGAAGUCCUGAUCCACCACCUAGAAAUACGAGAGGGAAUCAAAGUCCUUUAAUUAUAAGAAGAAAAUUGGAGCUCGCUUCAUCUUCUCCAUUACUUCAGAAAAGGUUCAUCUCAGCAUCGCCACCACCUCCGUUAAUUCCACCACGUGGAUUAAAGAACUUUAAUAGCGAUAGUGUGCCAGGAUCGCCUCAGCAUUUACAAACACGUAUAAAUUACACACCUGAGCCACAGCGACGCAUUUAUCGGCAAUUAGAGUGAUUAAGGGACCAGCGAAUUUAGUAUUUCUUGGAUGACUGAAGCUUCAGAUUAUUAAUUAACUGAACGUCUGAAGUUGCUUUCAUUUACAUAUAUUACAAACAUAAAUUAUAGUGCUUUGUAUUUAAAAAUGCUUUAAAACAAGACCUUCUUGUCUUUUCCGUUUUCCUUUUCUUUCCUUUUUGAUGUUUCUUUUUUUUGUAUUUCAUGAAAGAAAAAAAUAAGAAAGCCUUAAGAUACUAAAUGAAUCAAACAAAAUCCCCCACAAAACAAACAAUUUUUCAAAACGACUACCAUAAAAUGACAUCUGAGUUAGAUUGAAUUAAGCAAUAGAUUGAAUCUAAACAGGCAAUUUUGUAACGCCACUUGAAACAUUUUUAAAAUCUGACAAAUCUCCUGAAACCAUUUAACGGAACUGCUUAGUUAGAAUGUGUGAAUCGAGAACUAUUUGUAGGAAACAGAAAUCGCGCUUUCUUGCUGCAAUAGCUGUUGACAACUGCGUUUCUUGGUACUUUAAGUAUCUUAAUAAAAUAAAGAACAAGCAGUUGUCGUAUUCCUUAUCAUGAAAGCUGAAUUUCUGAUUCUUUUAAACAGUUGUAAAACCACCCUUUAGCUUGAUUAUGACGAAUAUUUAUUUAUGAUUUGUAUUGAAGAGAGAAAAAAAUGCUUGCAUAAUUCUAUUGACAGAAAUUUCUAUAUAUUUAUCGAUUGAAAACAAUAAAACAAAUUUCAAGAGUUUAUUCACUUCUUUUUUAUUUUCUACUUCGUUUCUAUGAGUGAAGUUUAAGUUUUAUUUGAAAGAGUUCGAUCCAACAUAUUUAGUGUGGGCGCCUUUAACUAGAACACUGUUGCAUUUCUUAUUUCUAAUUUCACAUUCCAAGAAAGCAAGAGUUUUCCCACAUUUGAUAGUUCUGGCAUCGAUAAUCAACUCGUCAUUUUCUCUUGCACCUUUUAAAAAUUUAAUGUGUAAGUCAACUGAAACCCCAGCUCGGAUGUUCUCAUCAUCAUAAGUCAUCAGAGCAUAUGUUGUAGCGCAAUCAACAAUUGUACUUGAUAAUCCUCCAUGCAAUCCACCACCUCCGUUUAAAUGCUCUUUCUCAACUUUCAUUUCAGCUUUCAUAAAACCUUUUCCACCAUCAAUGAUGGACAUAUUUCUCACUACUUUGUCAAAACCAUCCGUUUCUGAUAUAAAUUUGCUGAUUGUCUUUAAUAAUUCCAAACUUUUCUUUGAUGACAUUGUGUUUUAUAUUUAAUAAAAUCGAAAUAAAUUUCUUUUAGAAAUGCAAAAGACGAAAGACGAA